UCCUGACCAUGCGUCUUCCAGAAUACGCAGACGUACGCAGCGCUUCAAUAAUGGCGGCUGAUGGAGGGUUUUCGUCGCCGAUGCUACCCUGCGUUUUCUCCCCAAAAUCACAUCAAUACCUGGCACUGUGUGCACAGGAUGGUCGACUUCGUAUUUGGAACACAGACAGCAAAACCCUUCACCAGGAAUAUGUGCCUUCUGCCCACUUGAGUGCCACUUGUACCUGCAUAGCUUGGGGACCAUGCCGAACGGCUAAGGAGGGACCUCUGAGGAAAAAGAGGAAAUCGGAGGCAGGACAGCCAGCGGAGACAGAUCUGCUGGCACUGGGUACGGCAGCAGGCACCAUCCUCAUCUACAGCACAGUCAAAGGGGCCCUGCAGUGCACAUUGGAUGGGGGUCAUAGUGGGGCAGUGAACACUGUGCAGUGGCAUCCAGAGGAGAAUCUGCUCUACAGCGGCUCAGAUGACGCACACAUUGUGGAGUGGGACCUGCAGACAGCCAAAAUGCGCUGUAAAUGGAAAGCAGAUCGGACAGCAGUGACAAGUUUGUGUGUGAGUCCGAAUGGAAAGCUGCUUCUCUCUGCUGGCAUGACGAUCAAAAUGUGGGACUUGGAAACCAAGGAGGUGUACAGGAAAUUCACAGGUCACUCCACCAUGGUUACGACCCUGUGCUUCGCCACCACACGGCCACCGGAUAGCGAUGGCAUGUACUUCCUCUCUGGGGCAGCUCAUGAUCGCCUCCUUAGUGUAUGGCAGGUGCGCUCCGAUGGGAAGGACAAGAACGCCGUGGUGUCCUUCACUCUGACGGACGAGCCACAGCACAUUGACCUUCUCAAAUCCGACAGCAAGGAAGAGGCUGUGCGGUUAGCUGUGGUAUGCAAGGAUGGACAACUACAUCUAUUUGAGCACUUUCUCAAUGGGCCCUGUAAGAAGCCCCUCUCCCCAGCCUGCUCAGUGCAGGUGUCCAGUGCUGGGGGUAAAUCUGGUGAAGAUGACACACCAGUUCCCGUGCCCCUGUUGGCUGCAUCCCUCAACUCCGACAAGCAGAGCCUGCAGCUGGCAUAUGGCAGCUACCUUCAGCCCGUCAUUGAAACAACGCCUGUGAACACAGCCGAAAGACACGUAUGUCUAGUCCGGGACAUACAGACAACAUUGUCCCUCUCCAUAGAUACAGCCGUCUCCAUGGUGAAAACUCCAAUAGUCAAUGAGAAAAAAAGUAAAGUCCUAAUUCCUGGCCUGCCAGGACACCAGGCACCACCGAAAACAGCCAAUCAAAGCAGCCAACCAGAAAAAAGGAAGAAAGGUGCCAGGACUGAGAUGACCAUCGAGGAGCGGCUGGAGCAGGUGGAGCUAUCCGCUGCAGGAAAGGGAGGCGAGAAAGGGAUCUCCACCCUUCGGACAGACAGCUACGCUGUGCUGCUGGUGCAGGGGCUGGAGAGUAAAGACAAAAGCAUCCUCAAUAGAAUAUUCCAGACUCGUAAGGAAAUGUUGAUCAGGAAUACGGUUUCCCGAGUACCCCUUCCUGCUAUCUUGCCAUUAUUGGAUGAGCUUUCGAUUAGGAUACAAGGACAUCCAAACUCUGCUCACACGGCGGUUGAUUGGCUCAAGGCAGUAUUGACGCUACACACAUCCUAUCUGUCAUCAUUACCAGAUUUGAUGUUUCAACUUGGAAGGCUGUAUCAUUUAAUUGAGAGCAGAGUGAAGGGGUACCAACAGCUGAUGAGGCUCCAUGGCAAACUAUACUUGUUAAUGACCCAGGUGGCGACAAGCAGCAGUGUCCAUAAAAUAAAUGAGCUGGACCACACAGCCAAGCUUGUGUAUGAGGAAGAGUCCUCUGAUGAAGACGAGGCUUCAGGAGAUGAAGGACUGCCUGAGGAUGAAUCAGAGAACUGGGAGGAGGAUGAAGAUGAUGACGAUGGACACAAUGGAGAAGAGACAGAAUCAUGCUGACGAGGAAAUGAGGGAGGAUUCUAAAGCAAAUGGGGACGAGUCGGACUUGGAUGCAGAAAAUGAGAGUGAGGAGGAAUGAGUGUUCAUGAGCUGAAGAGCGAGGAAUUAAAAAAGGACCUGAAAGAUUUAUAUAUGCUUUCGUUUAAUUUCCAUGUUUUGAUUUUAUUUUAACAAAACAACAAAAAAAGAGAGAGUUUUAUAGAAUUUCAAUGAUGGCAACAGUGGCUGAAGCACCUCCAUCUCAGACCUGUCUUGUGGCCUCCUAAUUAUGAUGGAGAGAACACACCUCUUUGGAUCCGAUGCCGCAACCUUGUCCCACAAGACAGUCUUUGACCCCUCUUCCCUCCUCUCUGAGUCCUUACUGCCUGCCCAAACUUUGUCACCAUUGGGGAUAUGUGGUCAGCUUUCACAUAAACACACAUACAUGGCGUGCUCACACACACACGCACACACACACACACCUCACAACUUGUGAAAGGAGUGUGGAUGUGGUUGUCUAUGUCCACAUGCAAUCUGUAAAACUGAUGUGUACAGUGCAACAUUUGUAUUGAGUUUCCCUAUGCUUACGACAGUUGAUUUGGGAUUAAAAACAAAUUCUCUGAAACCAUGUUCUGCAACAUCUCUCUUUUUCUUCUUUGUUCUUUUUUUCAUGUUUUUCCUCGUGGGCUGUUAAUGCUCGACAUCAAAUGUGUGUCCAUUAUGAAAUGUGGAUGGACUUCUUUGGACGAAUGGAGGGAUUAAUAAUAUUCAAUGAAAAGGUUGAAAAUUCUGUGAAUUAUUGGUUUCUUCAAGUACAUUUGAGGCAAUCCCUGACCAUUGUACAAUUUAAAUAAAAUUCCCUUUGUCCUG